AUGGCCUUGCCUCGUAUAUUGGUUUUAUUGCUCUCUUUUCAGAUCUUACCCGGCGUGCGUUCCAUUACCGUGCACAAUACCAGCUACCAAAAUCCUGUCUUACCAGGUUGGCACUCUGAUCCUUCCUGUACCCGAGUGGAUGAGUUAUUUUUUUGCGUGACAUCAACCUUCGAUGUUUUUCCAGGGCUUCCAAUUUAUGUUUCAAAAGAUCUUCUCGACUGGAAGCUCGUAAGUCAUGCAUGGAAUCGCGAAAGUCAACUUCCUGGAUAUAGUGCGGGGACUGCAGGCCAACAACUGGGACAUUAUGCAGCAACUAUUCGAUAUCAUGACGGCACCUUCUACGUGAUCUGUGUUUAUCUCGGGGCACCAUCUCAAACAGGUGUUCUGUAUUCUUCGAAGAAUCCAUAUAAUGACUCUGCCUGGAGUGAUCCCGUUAUAUUUGACGCCGGGUCCAUUGAUCCAGAUCUCUUCUGGGAUGAUGAUGGCAAGGUCUAUACGGUCAUGUCAGGUAUCACUCUUCAGGAAAUUGAUAUUCAGACCGGAAAUCUCAGCGACGCGGUGAGUAUGUGGAAUGGUACAGGGGCAGUCUAUCCUGAGGGCCCUCAUCUUUACAAGAAAGAUGGGUUCUAUUAUCUUCUCAUUGCUGAAGGAGGAACUGAAUUAAAUCACUCAAUCAGCAUAGCGAGAUCGACAAAGAUUGGGGGCCCUUAUAUAUCAUACCAAAAUAACCCAAUAUUGACAAACAGAGGUACGAAUGAGUACUUUCAGACUGUUGGACACGGAGACCUCUUUCAGGAUGCGAAUGGAAAUUGGUGGGGUGUUUGUCUGGCAACUCGAGGUGGACCAGCUUGGAGGGUCUAUCCAAUGGGAAGAGAGACCGUCCUUUUCCCAGUGACUUGGAAGAAGGAUGAAUGGCCGGUUCUCGAGACUGUCCGAGGCCAGAUGACGGGAUGGCCAUUACCAUCACCCACUCGGAAUAUUCCUGGAAAAGGCCCCUUCAACUCUGAUCCUGAUGUCUAUGAUUUCGAGUUCGGCACAGAUAUACCACGCAAUUUGGUACAUUUCAGGGUCCCUCAGAAUGGAGAUUUUUCUGUUACUCCUAAGGGAUUAGAGAUCACUCCCAGCAGAAGUAAUCUGACAGGUUCCUCAGACGAUCCAGAGCUCAAUGGACAAAAAGGUCUCGGUUUCAUAGGCCGUCGCCAAACUGACACCUUUUUCACAUUCACGGUUGAUGUCACUUUUAAUCCCACGUCUGUUGGGCAUGAAGCUGGAGUGACGGUAUUUUUGACGCAAAUGAACCAUAUUGAUCUCGGACUUGUUCUUCUUAAUUCGCAGACAUCCUCUCAAGGCCACCCAUCAUCCCGGCUAUACUUCCGUUUCAAAACGGAGGCACAAACUAUGGAUAAUAGUCCCGUCAUUCCAGCUAGUCCUCCACCUCCAAAGAUUGUCCCUGUUCCGCAUUCCUGGAUAGGAGGAAAAAUCAGGUUUCAGAUCAAGACAAUCAAUGAGACUCAUUACGAGUUUUCCGCAAUGCCCUCCGCUAAUCCAAACGCUGCGAUCCGCAUUGGAAUCAUGUCGGCUCAGUUUGUGAGUGGAGGUAGCGGCACAUUUGUUGGAAGUUUGAUUGGUAUGUACGCUACCUGCAACGGUAUAGGCUCUGGUUCAGAAUGUCCUUCUGAUACUAGUAAUGUGUAUUUUGACCGUUGGAGGUACACCGGAAAUGGACAAGCCAUAUUUUAG